AUGUCAGAAGUAAACAAAGAAAAUAGAGCUGAAUAUGUACGAGAAAUACUUUUCUCACAAAUUCCGGAAAGACGUAAUGCUUUUGAUGUUGACUUGCUUCUUAGUGAAUAUGCUGAGUUGGUUGAUAAUAUGAAGAAUGAAAGUAAUCAUUGGCGUAGUGUAAUGACAGUCGACAUGGUCUUACGUGAACUUGAAGCAGUCACUGUUGAACAAUCUUGUCUCUUGCCAACCCAAUCACUACCUAAUGACUUUGAUGCUACUAAAUUUUGUAGCGUGUUAACUGAGCUGUUCGAGGGAAAAAGUUAUAACCAAGUUACUGAACCGGUCAAAAGUACAAAUGUAAAUCUUUCAUCUAUUGGUCAAAAACAUUCUUCAAUGGAUUUUGAAAAACAUCAUUCUUCUCCUAAAAGACAUUUUAAAAAAUCAGAAAAUAUGAACUACUGUGAAAAUUCCAUGAAUAGCAAUACUGAAGUGAUUGAAUCUGAUGAGCCUAUGCUUUUUCAAACGGCAGGAUCUUUGCUCAAACAAAACCUGGAUUCAAAACAAAAUACAAAUAACAAUAGAUUAUCUCAGAUGUAUGGCUCUUCAAAACGAUCUUUAGGAAGUCGUCGAGGCGUACGAAGUAGUUUUAUUCCACCAUUUGAUAAAGAUUCAGACUCUACUUCGAAAUCAACAUCAAACUACACCACGGAAAACAAAUCAGAAUCAUCAGUAUGUGAUGAAAGACUGAAACAAUUUGAUCAAAAGAUUGUAGAUAUGAUUAUGAGUGAGAUAAUGGAUUCCAAGAGUUCAGUUACAUGGGAUGAUAUUGCUGGACUUGAAUUUUCUAAAAAGACAUUACAAGAAAUUGUGAUACUUCCAAUGCUCAGACCAGAUCUUUUUGUUGGACUUCGUGGACCUCCGAAAGGCUUGCUUCUUUUUGGUCCCCCUGGGACGGGAAAAACUUUGAUCGGUAAAUGUAUUGCAUCACAAAGUAACUCCACAUUCUUCAGCAUCAGUGCUUCCUCUCUUACUUCAAAAUGGGUUGGCGAAGGUGAAAAACUAGUGCGUGCAUUGUUUUCAAUUGCUCGUAUUCACCAACCAUCUGUUAUUUUUAUUGAUGAAGUUGAUUCUUUACUUACCCAACGCUCUGAAACGGAACAUGAAUCAAGCAGACGGAUAAAAACUGAGUUCUUAGUACAACUAGAUGGAAUAUCAACGAAUGAUGAUGAACGUAUGCUGUUCAUUGGAGCUACAAACAGACCUCAAGAACUUGAUGAGGCCGCCCGACGGCGAUUUGUCAAGCGAUUGUAUAUUCCAUUACCUACCAGAAGUGCGAGAAAGCAAAUAGUACAGAGAUUAUUACGACAGAAUCAUCACACACUACAAGAAAGUGAUUUUUGGGAUAUUGCUGACCGUGCUGAUGGUUAUUCAGGUGCAGACAUGGCGAAUCUCUGUCGAGAAGCCGCGAUGGGACCCAUACGUUCUCUGACAAUCGAAGCAAUACAGCACAUAUCAUGCGAUGAGGUUAGACCAGUCGAAUUGGCUGAUUUCCAUGCUGCCUUCAGGCAAGUUAGAGCAAGUAAUUCGUCCGGUGAUCUGGAACAAUACUUAAGAUGGAACAGUCUAUAUGGAAGUUUUGAAGUCUAA